AUGCUGCGCGGACUUGUAUUCACCUUCUGGCGGCUGCUAGAAAUCAUCACUCUGAUUCCCACUUUGGGGAUGCUAGCCUGGUUCGUGCACGGCUUUGUCGCCUCGAACCAGCUCACGCCAGACUAUAUCCUGGUGCUGUUCAUUGCCAGCGUCCUGGCCACCGCAUGGGCGAUUGCAACACUAUUCGCCUAUCACCGGGCCAGCCAUUCUCCCUUUUUCGUCAGCAUCAUCGAUCUUGGCUUCGUAGGCACCUUCAUCGCCGGCGUGUAUCUGCUGCGCGGCGUCACGCACGUGAGCUGCCACAGCUGGACGUCCGGGCCCUUGUAUUUCAGUCUGGGCCCCUUUGGAUACUAUGGCCGGCAAUCGGGCAAUUCGUGGUCGUUUCACAUCAACAAGUCGUGCGCGAUGCUCAAGGCCUGUUUUGCCUUUGGCAUCAUGAACUGCAUCUUCUUUUUCGUCACGGCGCUGAUUGCCCUGCUGUUCCAUGACAACAACCGCGCCCGCGAGGAGGUCGUCGUCAAGCGCGAACGCGUCUCCCGUCAUGGUCACCGCCGGAGCCACUCCCGCAGCAACUAUGGCGCAUAUCCGGACCGCCGCUCGUCGCACCGGAGCACCCGUCGUCAGUAUUACGUCUGA